UAAGCAUAAAAAUGAAGACGUUUGUAAUAUUAUCAACUUUUUUAACAUGUUAUGUUUUAGCAUCACAACGCAGAAAUGAAAUUAUGCAACACAAAAAUUGGAACUUAAUUCCUUUGUCAAAAUGUGGAUUGACAAAAAAUCCAAAUAGGAUAGUACAUGGGGAAUAUGCAAAACAAGGCCAAUUUCCAUGGAUUUCCCAAUUAUUUCUUACUAAAAAAAUGGAUAAGUUUAUAUGCGGAGGAGCAUUAAUAAAUAAUCGCUAUAUACUUACAGCUGCACAUUGCGUUUAUGGAAAUGAAAAAAACAUAAAAAAAGUCCGGCUUGGGGAUUCUUUAGUUAAACAUGAAAGAUGUCUAGGCUGUUCACCAAAAACGUACAGGGUAGAAAACAUUACUAUCCAUCCAGAAUUCUCACAAAUAGCCUAUGAAAAUGAUAUAGCUCUCAUUAGGUUGGACGAAAAUGUUGAAUAUAACUUGUUUAUUAGACCUAUUUGUUUACCUAUGAAUGAGGUUCUGGACGAAACGUUUGUCGGCGAAAAAAUUGAUAUCGCCGGUUGGGGCAAAGAUGAUUCCGAUGAAUAUUCAAAACUCUUGAAAUACAUUACCAUUCCACUCAGAGAUAAAUGUGUCUGUAGUGAGGAAUAUGAACUGAAUCUCUCAGAUGGUCAACUCUGUGCUGGAGUCAUGGGUGGAGGUGACAGUUGCCAGGGCGAUUCUGGAGGACCAAUGGUAUGGAGUCGAAAAGAAUCUUUUGUCAACAAAAAUUAUGUUAUAGGUAUCGUAUCAUUUGGAAAAGAAUCUUGUGGUGAAGGACCAGCCGUGUAUACCAACGUAAUUCAUUAUAUAAAAUGGAUUUUAGAUAACAUCUAUGAUGAAGAGGCAGAACCUACCGAAAUUAUCAAUAUAGAAAAUGAAUUGUGGUAAAUUUAUUCUAUCAUGUAAUAUAUUGAUUAUAUACUACAUCAUUAAAAUUUGUUUAGUUACUGAUAAAA